ACCCGUGAGAGGGGUACACGUAGCCAUAUUUGUGUCUGAUACCUUGCAUACUUUAACCAAGUGUCGCUCAUUCAAGAGGCAGAUCUGGCGCAUCGGAGCAACACGCCGACGUACGCACGCUCCCCUCCUACUCACUCUCCUACUGAUCUCCUUGUGCAGCCAUGUCGGAGGCGCUAGCAAGCCGCGUGGUGCUGUACGUGCACGAGCUGCUGCACUCUCCAGCAGCUAACGACAUCAUGGUGCACGCGCACAAGCUGUUCGCGCGCAUGGGUUUCCCGGAGCCGUACCCGGACGCCGAGCGCCUGGCCAUCGCGUUUCUCACGGGCAUCUUCACCCUGUUGGCGUACUUUGUGCUGUUUGGCAAGCGCCACCGUAGAAGACGAAAAGUACUGCAAGAAGAGCUAGAUAAGGCUUACCAGAAGGUGCAGGAGCUGCAAGAUCGCAUGGCUCUGAUGGAGGUGGAGGAGCGUGCGGAGCCUCCCAAGGAGCAGAUCCGUAUCUGGAUGGACGGCGCCUUCGACAUGAUGCACUACGGACACAUGAAUGCCUUCCGUCAGGCCAGAUCGCUCGGCACGUACCUCGUUGUGGGUGUCAACGAUGACGAAUCCAUCACGGCCUGUAAGGGCGCUCCUCCUGUGCUUAAUAACGAAGAGCGUAUCGCAUCUGUGGAGGGCUGCAAGUUCGUGGACGAAGUGGAGCCGCACUGUCCGUACAUUAUGAACGAGGACUAUCUGCAACGUAUGAUCAAGAAGCACCGUAUCGACUACGUGGUGCACGGAGACGACCCGUGCAUCGUCGACGGGAAGGACGUAUACGAAUCGGCCCAGAAGCUCGGCAAGUACAGGACCAUCCCGCGUACUGAGGGCGUGUCCACUAGCGAUAUUCUUGGCCGUAUGCUCGUGAUGCACAAGACUCACCACACGCACGACCACUUUGCUGCCAACGGCCAAUUGUCGUCGCGGAUGUUGCAGGACAAGAAGGCCAAGGAGCGUCCGUCAAAGUUCUUGACGACAAACCGCAUGUUGCGCUUGUUCUCUGUGGGCAACCACGAGCCUCGGAAGACGGACAAGGUCGUGUACAUUGAUGGCGCGUUCGAUAUGUUCCACGCCGGACAUGUCGAGAUCCUACGUCUCGCCAAGCAGCAGGGCUCGUUCCUCAUUGUGGGUGUGCACAAUGACAGCGUCGUGAACGCCCACCGUGGUCUCAAUUACCCGAUUAUGAACCUCCACGAGCGAGUGCUCAGCGUCCUUGGCUGCAAAUACGUGGAUGACGUGCUGAUCGACGCGCCGUGGCAAGUGACGCCCGAGAUGAUCGCGUCUCUCAACAUUUCUGUUGUCGUGCACGGCACACACCGCGAUCAGCACCAUCUGCCUGAGUUCUCGCUGGAGGAACACUACGAACAUGCACGCAAGGUUGGCAUCUUCCAGUUGAUCCAGAGCCCAAUCAAACUGGACGUAAACGACAUCGUUGCGCGUAUCAACGACAACCGCGAGCGUUUCGAGAAGAAGUUCGUGAGCAAGAUGAAGUCCGAGGAGGAAUACUACGCGGAUCGCUACGGUAAGAACAAGAAGUAGGAAGGGAACAUUGUCAAGGUGAUGAAGAACUCGGUCUAGUGCCAUCUCGUAGCUGCUAGUUGACGUCAUGUAUUGCUUCAAUUCAAUUGCAUUGCUUUAGCCUGGUA